AUUAACCAUGGUUAUUUUCACCUCGUCUCUCAGCUGAUCUCUCUCUCUCCUCCACAGAUCUGCCUAAGCACAGGGUUUCAUUUCGAAUUCUUAUAUUGAAUUUUCUUCCCGAAUCUACAAUUUUCCGGCAAAUUCCCUGCUCAGUGGUGUUACCGGAUGUGGAAAAUUAUAAAUGGAGACACAGAGAAUCAUGGAGUUUCCUCACAGAAACAUGGAUAAACGGCCAAAGAAACGACCUCGUUUAACAUGGGACAUGCCUCAACCUGUUCCUCCUACAAAGGUCCUUCCAACAAUAUAUUGUGGGCAGGAGUUUGCAAAUGGGACAGUUCCCAAUUAUGCUUAUUCUUCUAUAUAUUACAAGGGGGUGCCCAGCAAUGGUUCUCCUCCUUGGAGGCCGGACGACAAAGACGGCCAUUUCGUUUUUGCUAUUGGAGAGAAUUUAACUCCUCGUUACAGGAUUAUGAGCAAAAUGGGGGAAGGGACUUUUGGGCAAGUCUUGGAAUGUUUGGACAGUGAAAGAAAAGAGAUUGUGGCAAUUAAAGUUGUCCGCUCGAUACACAAAUAUCGGGAAGCUUCCAUGAUUGAAAUUGAUGUCCUACAGAAGCUUGCCAAGCAUGAUAUUGAUGGCACACGUUGUGUGCAAAUACGGAAUUGGUUUGACUAUCGUAAUCAUAUUUGUAUUGUUUUUGAGAAGCUUGGUCCUAGCUUAUACGAUUUUCUCCGCAAAAACAGCUAUCGUUCAUUUCCCACUGAUCUUGCUCGGGAGUUUGGCAGACAACUUUUGGAAUCUGUAGCAUUUAUGCAUGAUCUGCGCCUAAUUCACACUGAUCUGAAACCAGAAAAUAUUCUGCUUGUUUCCUCGGAGUAUAUUAAAGUGCCAGAUUAUAAGUUUCUGUCACGAUCCAUGAAAGAUGGUUCCUAUUUCAAGAAUCUGCCAAAGUCAAGUGCUAUUAAGCUCAUUGAUUUUGGGAGCACUACAUUUGAACAUCAGGAUCACACCUAUGUGGUGUCUACUCGACAUUACCGUGCACCUGAGGUUAUUUUGGGUCUUGGAUGGAACUAUCCUUGUGAUAUGUGGAGUGUGGGUUGCAUUCUUGUUGAACUUUGCUCUGGGGAUGCCCUUUUUCAAACACAUGAGAACUUGGAACACCUUGCCAUGAUGGAGAGGGUAUUGGGACCACUGCCUCAACAUAUGAUAAUUAGAGCCGAUCGUCGUGCUGAGAAAUAUUUUAGAAGAGGUGCACGAUUGGAUUGGCCAGAGGGUGCAACCUCAAAAGAAAGUAUGAGGGCAGUUUGGAAACUGCCCCGUCUUCAGAACCUGGUCAUGCAGCACGUGGACCACUCAGCCGGUGAUCUGAUUGAUCUCUUACAAGGGCUUCUACGUUAUGACCCAGCAGAGCGUCUCAAGGCAAGGGAAGCACUGAGACAUCCCUUCUUCACAAGGGAUCUGAGAAGGUGUGGCUAUCCUGUGUAAUUGGAAAUGUCAUCUCUGCUCUAGAUGAGCAUAAACGAGAAUGUUUGAGCAUAAAAGUUGGUCUAGAAGGAGGAAAAGAAAAGAAUGAAGCUAUCAAUUGAUAGUUUUAAUGCACAACAUAAUUUCUGCCACAUUGUGUGGCCGUUGCUGUACAGUAGAUUGUACCCCUCUUCCUCAUCUAUCACCAUUUGUCUUCCGUGUUUCUGAUUCUCUUUCGUGUAGUCAUAUCUGAAUCCCCUCAUUUCUAAUUGAAAUGUUUGUUGUGUUCCUGUUCUUCUGUGUCUAAUAGAGUCGUGUUUCAUUGUGAAAGAGUUGCUUUCCACUUUUUUAUUGAUUCUUCCUCCUCUUCUUUUGGUGUCUCUUGUCAGCAUGUCAUUCUAUUUAUUUGUAAGUUGGAACCUAAAACUGAGGGAUAGCUAGCAUAGAUGUGCUUAAGCCAUUGGGGAUCUGUCUUCCAAAUUUUGAAUUACUGCGUAUCACUGUUGUAGCUGCAAGCCGAGAAGUGAGAGCUGGGUAAGUGUUUGCUCUGUGCAUUUGUGUGUGUGUGGAGAUACUCAGUGCGUAGUGAGCCUCAGCAUGGUCAAUUGAGGAUGUUGUGUCUAUGUGUGGUGGAGAUAUACAGUGCAGAGUUAAGCCUAGAGCAAGGUUAGUUGGCCUUGUUUGUGUACAUGCAGUGCGUAUAUUAAACGUGUUAGACUAGUAUAGUCACUGUGGGCUGGCGUGUGUGUGUGGAUUGGUGAAUGGUAGCAUUGUUGAGACUCGAGUCCAUUUGGCAUUUUUAUGACAUGGUUUGGCUCUGCUUUGAAUGUUGAUCUCUACGUUGAACUUAGUGGCCAUAUAACCCUGUUAAACCCAGUUAAGUUGACUGCAAAGUCUAGGUUAUUUAGUGUUUUCUCGAACUGCAAUACAGACAAACUAACUUUUUU